GUGGAGUUGCAACUUCUUCCUCUUCUCAUUCCCUUUUGUUUUUCUUCCAUACUUCCCUUUUGGUCUCAUUUGGUAAAACAUAGUUUAAAUUAUAACAAAAAAAAAUGGAGAAAGUUGAAAGUUCAAAGUUUAAUAGAAUUUGUGUGUUUUGUGGUAGCAGCUCUGGGAAAAAAACUAGUUAUCAAGAAGCUGCUAUUGAUUUAGGCAAAGAACUGGUGGAGAGGAGGAUUGAUUUAGUGUAUGGAGGUGGAAGUGUGGGGUUGAUGGGACUUGUUUCUCAGGCUGUUCAUGAUGGCGGGCGCCAUGUUCUAGGGGUGAUUCCGAAGACUCUCAUGCCUAGAGAGUUAACUGGAGAAACUAUUGGAGAAUUGAGAGAAGUGUCCGGUAUGCAUCAAAGGAAAGCUGAAAUGGCCCGCCAAGCUGAUGCUUUCAUUGCCCUCCCUGGUGGCUAUGGUACUCUUGAAGAACUUCUCGAAGUCAUCACAUGGGCUCAGCUUGGAAUCCAUCAGAAACCAGUGGGGCUGUUGAAUGUUGAGGGUUACUAUAAUUCGUUGUUGUCUUUCAUCGAUAAGGCUGUUGAUGAAGGCUUUAUCUCUCCAAUUGCACGUCGUAUAAUCGUGUCUGCUCCAACAGCCAAAGAGUUGAUCAGAGAACUUGAGGAACAUGUUCCAGAAAAGGAUGAAAUAAUAUCGAAGUUGAUAUGGGAGGAUGAAAUUCAAAGAUACAAUUAUACACCUGAAUCCAGUGUUCCUACAUAAAAAAAAA